UUGUUGUAAAAGGUUUGCUAAGAAAACCGCGCUUAUUUUGCGUCUAGAUUAGAUAAGAUUACGAAUUUACCUCGAAUUGUCUUAUUUUUAAAGAAAAAAAAGAUGGCUUUUCAGGCUUUUCACAAUGUAUUAAAAUGUAAAAGUUCAUCAAUAUUACGCUCAUUAAGCCAUGGCUUUAGCCAAUUGCAAAAUGUACGGUUAAUAAAUAGACACAAUGUACGUCAAAUAUCGGUGGGCAUAAAUUUAAAGGAGAAAAUCUCUCUAACAUUUAUUAAAGCGAACGGCGAGAAAAUUAAAACUGAAGGUAAAGUUGGGGACUCGCUCUUAGAUGUAGUAGUUAACAAUCAUAUAGAUUUAGAUGGAUUUGGCGCUUGCGAGGGAACAUUAACAUGCUCUACCUGUCAUUUGAUAUUUAAAGAAGCUGAUUACAAUAAACUUCCGCAUAAGCCUAGCGACGAGGAAAUGGAUAUGUUGGACUUAGCGUAUGAUUUAACAGAUACUUCACGUUUAGGUUGCCAAAUUCAACUAUCUAAAGACAUGGAUGGUUUGGAAGUUCAUGUGCCAGCAACAAUAAAUGACGCUCGAAGCUCCUAACACUUACUAAUUGGGAAAUGAAAAAUGUUAAGGUGCUCAAGGUCUUAGUUUAGUUAUAGUAGGUAUUAAGUUUUAGAAAAGUUUAGAACUGUUUUUAAUUAGUUGUAUAAAUAAGUUUAGCUAAAUUGACUUGUCGUUAUCAUUUAAGAUGUUAAAUAGAACAAAUUCAAUAAAUACAAUGAAUAUUUUGCAUGAAAAGCAUCGCUUACAUAAUUCUGAGAUAUAAAAGCGAAUUAUCGCUGUCUUGUCAACUAUUAAGAGGGUAGUGCCCUCUUU